GCUAGAGGCAGCCCUGGUGCCGAGGGGAGAAAGAGGAGGGGGAGAGAAAGGAGGAGAAAGAAGGCAGCAGCUUGCCUGCCCUCUUUGCCUGUCACAGAGCUGCCCGAAUGGCCAGGAGCCGGGCCACCCUCUGCACAUGGCUGGGCUGCCCUGCGCUGCUGGGCUGCUUUGUGCUGGGCUUUCUCAUAGGAUGGUUUACAAAGCCAACCGAAAAAAAACCCAACUCUUCAGAUGUCUUUCAGAAUGUGAGACAGAAACUUGUGGAUGAAAUGAAAGCCGAAAGCAUCAAGCGAUUCCUUCGCUCCUUUACCAAGUUGCCUCAUCUUGCAGGAACUGAGCAGAAUUUUCUUCUUGCCAAACAAAUUCAAGGCCAGUGGAAGGAAUUUGGAUUGGAUUCAGCAGAACUUGUUCAUUAUGAUGUGCUGCUUUCCUACCCAAGUGAAACACAGCCAAACUACAUCUCAGUAAUUGAUGAUCAAGGGAAUGAGAUUUUCAAUACUUCAUCAUUUGAACCACCUCCUGAGGGAUAUGAAAAUGUUACUGAUAUAUCGCCACCAUAUAAUGCUUUUUCAGCACAAGGAACACCAGAGGCAGAUCUGGUAUAUGUGAAUUAUGGCCGCACUGAAGAUUUUUUUAAGCUGGAGCGUGAAAUGGGAAUAAACUGUACAGGAAAGAUUGUCAUAGCCAGAUAUGGGAAGAUCUUCAGAGGAAACAAAGUUAAAAAUGCCAUUUUAGCAGGAGCCAUAGGGGUCAUACUUUAUUCAGACCCUGCUGAUUACUGUGCCCCAGGAGUAGAUCCUUACCCAGAUGGCUGGAACCUUCCAGGCAGAGGAGUCCAGCGUGGGAAUGUGCUGAACCUGAAUGGAGCUGGGGAUCCUCUAACACCUGGUUAUCCUGCAAAAGAGUACACUUUCCGAUACAAAGUGAAUGAAGGUGUAGGGAUUCCAAAAAUCCCAGUUCAUCCCAUUGGAUAUCAUGAUGCAGAAGUGUUAUUACGUGCAAUGGGAGGACCUGCAGCUCCAGACAGCACCUGGAAGGGAGCUCUGAAUGUAUCAUACAAUGUAGGGCCAGGAUUUGCAAACAACUUUUCAACAAGAAAAGUCAGAAUGCACAUUCAUACAAACAAUGAAAUUGCUCGAAUUUACAACGUCAUUGGUGUCAUCAAAGGAGCUGUGGAACCAGAUAGAUACAUUAUUUUAGGAGGUCAUAGAGACUCCUGGGUAUUUGGUGGUAUUGAUCCAAGUACGGGUGCAGCUGUUCUUCAAGAGGUCGUUCGAAGUUUUGGUAAAAUGAAGAUGGAAGGCUGGAGACCUAAGCGAACUAUCAUUUUUGCUAGCUGGGAUGCAGAGGAGUUUGGAUUGCUGGGUUCCACAGAAUGGGCUGAGGAAAAUGCCAGAGUCCUCCAGGAACGGGCAGUGGCGUACAUCAACACAGAUUCUUCUAUAGAAGGCAACUACACAUUAAGAGUUGACUGCACCCCUCUUCUCUACAAACUGAUAUAUAAUCUAACGAAAGAGAUUUCAAGCCCUGAUUUAGGCUAUGAAAAUAAAUCUCUUUAUGAGAGUUGGCUUGAGAAAGACCCUGCGCCUGAAAAUAACAGUUAUCCCAGAAUAAACAAACUGGGAUCAGGCAGUGAUUUUGAAGCUUACUUCCAGCGACUGGGAAUUGCAUCUGGCAGAGUGCGCUACACCAAGAACAGGAAAACGGACAAAUUCAGCAAUUACCCUGUUUAUCACACUGUGUACGAGACCUUUGAGUUAGUGGAAAAAUUUUAUGACCCCACCUUCACGAAACAGCUAGCAAUUGCCAAGCUGCGAGGCAAACUGGUUUAUGAACUUGCAGAUUCCCAGGUCAUUCCAUUCGACUGUAGAGACUAUGGAGAGGCCUUAAAAGGGUACAGCGACAGAAUUUAUGAAUUGGCUAAGAAACAUGAAAAACAGUUGGAAACAUAUGGAGUAUCAUUUGAUCCUCUUUUUUCUGCUGUGGGGAACUUCUCAGAGGCUGCUGCUGAAUUUCACAGGAGGCUCGAGCAAGUGGACAGGAAGGACCCAGUUGCAGUGCGAAUCAUCAAUGAUCAGCUGAUGUUUAUAGAAAGAGCUUUCAUUGAUCCUCUUGGCUUACCAGGAAGGAAGUUUUACAGACAUGUCAUCUUCGCUCCAAGCAGCCACAACAAAUACACUGGAGAGUCCUUCCCAGGUAUCUAUGAUGCCAUGUUUGAUAUUGAAACCAAAACCGAUCAUCAAGGAGCCUGGGAAGAAGUUAAGAGGCAGAUUUCCAUUGCAGCCUUCACUGUGCAGGCAGCUGCAGAGACACUGAAAGAAGUAGCAUAGGAUGAUGGCCUGGGAAAAUGCGCUGUAGGCAGACUACUGCAGUGACCCAGCCUCAGCUAACUGCUGCUGUGCUCCCAACCUUCAAAUGCGUUUUCUUGGAGAUUUACACAAAGACUCACAACAGUGAGGUUCCACCACUCGGGCAGUUACUGUGUACUUCCAUCCUGUAGUUGCUUUUUGGAAAACAGAUUAUGGGAUAACUUUGCUCCUGUUGAUGCUCUCGCCAAUCCCAAACCAGUGGCAGCUUUUGCCUUUUUUUUUUUUUUUUUUUCUCUCCUGGAAGAGCUCUUUCACACAGUGAUGUCCCUUCCAGAUGAAGGGGGUGGAUGACAGCACUGCCACUAUUGCUGUAGGGCUGGUUGCAUGGAGUAAUUCUGUCUUCUGAUAAGAGAGUUUCCCAUCAGGAGCUGCAUGUAGAAUCAUAGAAUUCUUAGAGUUGGAAGGGAUCUUUAAUGGUCAUCUAGUCCAACUCCUCUGCAAUAAACAGGGUCAUCUACAGCUAGAUCAGGUGCUCAGGGCCUAGUCCAGCCUCACCUUGCAAGUCUCCAGGGACAGGGCAUCCACCACAACUCCAGGCAACCUGUUCCAGUGCUUCACCACCCUCACUGCAAAACACUUUUUCCUUAUAUCCCACUUAAAUCUACCCUCUUUAAGCUAGAAGCUAUUUCUCCUUGUUCUAUCACUACAGUCCGUGCUAGAGAGUCUGUGCCCCUCCUUCUUGUAGAUCCCCUUUAGAUAUUGAAAGCCUAAACUGUACAAAAGUGUUACAGUAGUUCAAUCCCUUGGGUGUUGGUUGCAGGGGAACGUGCUACCAAGAACGGUGACUCGUCCAUAACCACUCUGGUGACUGUUCCCUUUUCUUGGGUAGCUCUUCCUCCCUCAUAGAUUUAUGUUAUCAGCAAGUAAUUUAUGCAUCAACUAGUAACUGAGACUUCCCCAGGGAGAGGUUCCAAUGCUCGGAUGGUGGAAGAAAAGCCACUGGUGCCUCUUCCUCAUGAACAGCUGUUGGUGGUCACUGCCUGGGGUCUGUCAGAGCAUGUGACAGAGAAAAAAGAAAUAUAUGGAGUAGCAUGAUUUCUUCAUAAUUGGCAGGUAUCUUCAUAAUAAAAUAAGCCACCUUUCAUUUAAGUGAACGAAUGCUCCACCAGUACACAUAUACUUUCAGUGCAAGUUUGUGAAGCUCUGUGCCAUUACCUCACCACUGCAAAAUAACCUGUCAUCUCCUGUGGUUUCCAUGCACUAUUUGAAGCAGUACAAAGAGUGCCUAGCUAAAAUCUAUUGUUUCCUUCCCCUUCUCAACUUCACUGAUAAUUACGUAUGAAUGAAUGAGUCAUUAUGACCUGCUACGUCCUGAAAACUCUGUGGAGCUUAGAUCUCUUUCCCUUCCUCUGCUAUGUUAUAAAGGGAUGGUGAUACCCAAACACUUCUAGACGGCUUAUGCUCACAGACUCACAGGAAUUUAAAAUUGGCAUUAAUUUAAAAUAAUCUCCAAAAACACCUUGCAGAUCUUAAGCUUAAUGAAAACAGAAGCUGAUGUGGUACCUUUGCAGAUGAAGCAUUUGGGGGUAAGUGAGACCAGUGCUUCUCUCAACACUUGUAAUGCUUCGGUUUAACAACCCUUCCCAACACAGUCAUUCAUCAAGAGACUGUUUUUGUGGAGCAGUGAAACUGAGGUUUCCCUCUCCCACUAUCCUGACCACUGAAGUACACCAUCAAUUUGUAACUUCUGGUUUUGUAAGUCUUCUCAAUGACAGUGUUGUUCAUCUGUUAGAACGGAGCCUCGAGCUGUCCAUGGUUUGGAUCCAACCAAAGCAAUGUCACGUUGCUUCAGCUGAUCUCAGACUGCCUUCUUUUACAAGAGUGAUAAAAACAGACCACACAGUGUAACUCAGGUACCUACUAAGGAAAAGGCACUGCAAGAGGAAGGUCCUAAAGCUAUGAAUCAGCCCAUCAAGCAUAUGGUCACAAUCAGUACCGGUGCUGUAUACGCUGACUUCUGCACCAAGCCAAUUUCUAUAAUUCAGUCCUUCUUCUAUAGACAACCUGUAACAUCUCUGCAUGUUUGUAAGUGCCAAGAGAAUGUGAACCAUGUGGGCUGCCCAUGAUUUUGCUGCAGCAGAGGACCAAACCCCUCCAGUGAGCAGAUUAAACAUACCUGCUUUGUGCCUUUGCUUUGCUUUAGGAAUCUGUGAUUGUGAGUUUGCUGGGAAAAUAACCUCUGUACUCUGAAACAGAGUACAAGGAAGCAGACUGGAAUUUCCAGGCAUCAGAAGCAACUGGAGAGCUGCCCUGAGCAGGGAGGAACAGGGUGUACUCACCAUGACCUGUUAGUUUCCUCUCACUCUAAAUUCCUGUUUUCAGACAUGAGAUUUUAAUGCCAUACAGUUAAGUGUGCCAUUACCAGACCUAGAUGAAGGUGAACAUCAUGGACUACACUGUAGCACUGAAUGCAAAAGUGAAGUACAGAAACCUUGUGUCUGCUGUGCUGCUCUGACCCAAACCAAAGCAACGUGCUCCUUGCUGAGAAACACAUCACCAUGCAGCAACUAUCCCUAGAGAAACUACUAGGAGCUGAAUUUAGCUGCAACGAGACCAGAGCAUUGCCAUUACAUGCCUGAGACCUAAAGUAGCACCAAUGAAGUACACAUGGCUCCUGUUUAACCCUGUAACUCAGCUGUAAGUAUACAGCGUGCUAGACUUGAGGUUCAAGAGAAGCGCAGCAGGGACAUCAGUUUCUGGCGGAAAUCGUUGGGAGAAACACAGAAAGGCUUAGGACCUUGCAAUGGAUUGUUUCUAUACUUGCUUGUGCCAGUUCUAAUCCAUCAAGCCAAGGCAGCUCAUAUCAGUAUCAACUGGUUUUCCUGACGGAUCCAAUCUGGGGAGCUUCCCAAGUGUAGGAGAACUGGGUUCGAGGAACCUCCUGCAGAAGAGGCUGGACCUGGUUCAAGUAAGAAUGCGUUACAGCCUUCCAUAAGGGGAAAGAACGGGAGAGGCGAUAACGGGAAAAGCAUUUCACAGGAGGGCAGCAGAUAAGAAUAGACUUGCUGUGUUUACAUGGCAGCUUCCCCAGAUGUGCUCUGCUAGGCUGCUCGCUGACAGAAAGCUGCUGACGCACUGCUUACUCUGCCAUCCCCAUUACCUCCAAACUUGGCUGUCUUUUUAGGAGACAAGCCCCGGUUGCUGGACACAGCGACUGUUGUGGCAACACAUCCUUAGGUAAUCCACAAGCAACAGGACGUCAGCCUGGAGAAACAGGGUCAGCUGCAAACAGAGCACAGAAAGCUUUCGCUCCUCUGAGAUCACUUUUCCCUCCUGAUAUUCCUGAAACCAGCAUCUCCCUGCUGAACACAGCAGCUGAGCUUCAGUCCUCCAGCACCUCCUACAUGCCCUGAAAUACUGACUGCAGCCCACAGCUCAGAGCUUUGCCACCCACUGUCACAGCUGUGGGAUAAAGCUGAAACUCCUCCCACUCUUGUUAUGUGCAGAAAGAAGCACACUUCACAAUUAAAGCCAAGCUUAUUGUUAGUACCAUAGAAUCCUAGAAUGGCCUGGGUUGAAAAGGCUCAUAAUGAUCAUCCAGUUCCAACCCCCUGCUAUGUGCAGGGUCGCCAACCACCAGAACAGGCUGCCCAGAGCCACAUCCAGCCUGGCCUUGAAUGCCUCCAGGCAUGGGGCAUCCACAGCCUCCUUGGGCAACCAGUUCCAGUGCGUCAGCACCCUCUGGGUGAAAAACUUCUUCUGAAUAUGUAACCUAAACCUCCCCUGUCUCAGUUUAAAACCAUUCCCCCACAAGCUGCCUGACAUGGCCCUGGGCACCCUGCUCUGGGUGUCCCUGCAGGAGCAGGGGUGGGCCAGGUGAACCCAGAGAUCCCAUCUCCUCUUAACCAGUCUGUAAUUCUCUGUGUGAUUCUUUUUCCAUCAGCCAAACAAGCUAAAACAACCCACCAGGAAGGUGGGGAGCACUCAAACCAAGCAGACUCAGCAACUCCCAAGAGACUGCAAGGCCAGAACGAAGCCUUGCUGCUAGCCAUGGCAAUGCUGUGUUCAUGUAGCUGUUCGUGUAGAUCUGCAGAGGGAGUACAUGGGGAGAGCCCAAAAGUUUCAUAAACCAUAAACAGGGACAGCUAUCUAUACACUAUCUAAAGACAUACCCAGUUUUGGUAAACCUGAGGAACAGAUGAAAUGGACAGCUUUUCUCCUUUCACAUAAUUCUGCCUGAACAUGCUUUAAUUUUAGAAACAUCUAUCAUUUCUAGCCACCUGCAGUCUGAUAAAUGAUUUUUUGUUGGAGGGCUGUAUGUUUAUAUGGGAUUCAGAGUGUAACUGCAGAAUUGAGCACUUGCUUCUUGGUCAGUACUACACUCAGCCUUGUACCAAAGAACAAUUAUCAGAUGAUAUAUCAUAGCUAGUGCUCAUUCUAUACACAACCACAUUCAAAAUUUCUCAAAUGGCUAGAAUGGAUGGAGGCAAAAUCAGAAUUGUUUGAGUUGGAUGGGACUCCUAAUGGUCAUCUAGUCCAACUCCCCUGCAAUCAACAGGGACACCAACAGGCAGAUCAGGUUCAAAGCCCUGCUCAACUUGACCCUGGAUACCACCAGGGAGAGAGCACCCACAGCUCUCUGUGCAAUCUGUACCAGUGCUUCACCACCCUUACUGAAAAAAACUCACUCCUUACAUACAGUCUAAAUCUCCUCUCAUAAAAAUGAGGGUGCACAACACUGCCACAAUUCAAACAUGCAUUUUAGUUAAUAAGACAACUGUGAAGUGGAAAAACUCAUGCAAAUGGCACAUUUUAGGUUUAGAACUAUAUAUUCAAUGUCUUGGUACUGCCACUCAGCAAAGUGCACGCCAGCUUUCGUUGAGCAAACCCCAACCACACCUCAGUUUUCAGGCAGUGGAUCAACAUAAUGGUGCAAUGAUUUUAACAGGGUGAUUUAAGGAAAAAAGCACUAGAGAGGAAUAGAAGUAAAACACGUUCCACUUACUUUUUCCACCUUUAUCUUCUUUCAGUUGUUAAACCACGGCUCUUGGCAAGCAUAAGCAUCCAAAUUAAUUUAUAAAUUCACCGAAGUAAAAAUUCUGUCACAGAAGCGCUGACAGGCUUCUGAUUUUCAGAGCUAAUAUCAAAGAGUAAUUCUGAACAGAACACCUCUGCUUAGGUGAUAUUCACGAGUACACAAUCCAAAUGUUAACAGCAUCCACAAGUAAAAACAGAAGUUCUGAAGUUUGGGCUCAUGUCUGUGCAUACAGUACUACCUGAUUACAAAAAUUAAGAAGUCCCUCAGGGUCUGGAAGUGCAGAGUAGCAGGUGCCUCCAACACACAGAUCUCAGUUUCAAUAAAGGAAGAACAAAUGAGGGGAAGCAUAUUGAGUUUGAAGCACAGUCAGUUUUACCUUAAGCAAUGAAUUCUGUUAUAGUACUGCAGUAUCAAUAUUUAUGUCAAAUUUAAAAUAAACAUUUCAGAGAACAAGGUUUUUGGAUUACAAAUAUUUCGGAUGGCUGAAGGUGCAGCUCUGCCUCCAGCUAACUUCCAAUGAUUUUUGGUUGCAACGCAGCUUUUAUUAAUAUUUAACCAAGAGUGAUUUUUUCAAAUACUCUAUGCAAGAGGAUGCUUCCUCUUACACAGGAGCAACUAGAUGCAAAAACAAAAAAAACAAAAAAAAAAAAAAAAAAAGAAAACAAACACAAAAAAACACAUUCUGAACAUCCAGAAUUGGUUGUCAUAUAGUGGAUGAUAUUAAACUCAUCAUUCAACCUCAAGGAGAGAAGGUUUAGAUUGGACGUCAGGGGAAGUUCUUCACAGGGAGACUGCGAGGGGCUGGAACAGACUGCCCAGAGGGUGCGGAUGCUCCAUCUGUGGUGGUGCUCAAGACCAGGAUGGAUGGGGUCCUGGGCAACCUGGUCUAGUAUUAAAUAUGGAGGGUGGUGGCCCUACCUGUGGAAGGGAGUUGGAACUCGAUGAUCCCUGCAGUCUCUUCCAACCCAAGCCAUUCUGUGAUUCUGUGACUGCUCAACUGCACGAUGAGUUAAGCUGAAUUAAAAACACAUUCAAGCAUUUCACAUACCUCUACAUAACAGGAGCUCUUUCUACAACCCUUUUCCUCUUGGGCUCAAAAGACUGACUACAAAUGCACACUUGAUGGCACUCAUGGGCAGCAGUGUCUUCAUUCCUGUUCAUGCUACCAAGAAAAUAAAAAGGUCAGCAGUUCAACUGCAAAUGUUGAUUUUACAAACAUCACUGGAUGCUUGUGCCACUUGGCCACUGCACCCCUCACAGACAACAACCUGUGGAUAAUGCCCACAGCAUGUUAGUAACUGCAUUACAAACCCAAAGAGAAGCUCUCUCCUACAACAAAGUAAGUCAAAAAAUCCAAUUUUAACCAGCAUGUAAUAAGAAUUUUAUUGAGAAAAAAAGAAAACGAAGACAUGAGAUUAAUUUCUGCAUGAGUUUUAUGAAUGUGCAGAAUCAAAUAACCAUGCAAAAGGACGUUUUCCACCCUCCCCCAACCGUAAUUCAAGACUCUUAUUUAUAAUGACAAAAUUAUCAUUUCAAACAGUGUUCCAGACACGUAACUCAUUACUUUAAAUAUGAUCUCUCUCUUUCCUGAACAGAGACAAAAACAAACCAAAAAAAAAACCAGAAGCAACAGGAGAACACCAUUGAUUAAUGGGUAGA